CCGUAAACCGUCGUAAAAUACCGGAAAGAUUUACAGAGUACUGACUUCCGGCAGAUAUGUCUUCCCGUGUCUGAUGAGGUGUUUCCUAAAAACACAACAAAGACCCGCAGAGCGGCUCUCUGAGGGUUAACUGCUGCUGUUUCAGCUUAACAGCUCACAUUAUAACCUAGAGAUCAACAGUCUGCUGUCUACGGCAGCUCAUCUGUCCUCGUCGUCAUGGAAACAGAGGAGCAGGCCAGGAACCGGUUCCAGUCGGAGCUGGAGUUCAUCCAGUGUUUGGCCAACCCAAACUACCUGAACUUCUUGGCUCAGAGAGGCUUCCUGAGGGAGAGACCCUUCAUCAACUACCUGAAGUACCUGCUGUACUGGAAGGAGCCCGAGUACGCCAAGUUCCUCAAGUAUCCUCACUGCCUGCACAUGCUGGAGCUGCUGCAGUACGAGCACUUCAGGAAGGAGCUGGUCAACGCUCAGUGCACCAAGUUCAUCGACGAGCAGCAGCUGCUGCACUGGCAGCACUACUCCAGGAAACGCACCCGGCUGCAGCAGGCGCUGGCCGAGCAGCAGCAGCCGCAGCAGCAGGCGCCGCCACACGGCAACGCCACCGCCAAGUGAUGACAUCACUAGAGGUGGGAGGAGGACUGUACAUAGAAACGUGUGGAUCAGAGCUCGACUGAUGACGGAUUUAUGAGUUGUGUUUUUUACAUAAACAUUUUGAUAGUGAUCCUUAGAUGUGACCAGAGGGGGACGUUUUACGGUGAAACACUCAACUUGUCAGCGCUUUGUGGAGGACCAACCGUAUCACAGAGCCACACCGAUCAACAGAUAUUGAUCAAUCAGCCUAUACAGCGGACAGUUGAUCAGUCUGGCUCUAGGUUGUGGAGUUCAUAAGACAAAACAGCGUCUGAGAGGGAGACGCCUCCACGUUCUGGACUUCCUGUUUCCAGUUAAAGGUCGGGUUCAUCUGCGUUCAACAACAGGUUGUUUUUCAAAUGUUAACGUCCACUCAGCCGUCAGCAGGCAGCAGGGCUGGAGGUUAGCACAGGAAGCUGAUCAAUAAAGUUCUGAAUAAUGGGAACGCCAGCACUAGCUGAGUCAGCGCUAGCUGUGAUACGUUUGGAACCAACAGAGAGAAGAGGGGUUGUGUGUUUACUCCGUGUUCUGUGUGGUCAUAAUGGUUUUAUGAAUGGAGUCUGGUGGCUUUGAAGACAGCGAUAAAACGUCUUCAGUUUCCCGUCAGACGGCUGCUUUACCUCGCCGUCAGACGGCCCUUUCUGACGGGGAACCGACGCCGUUGAACAUUAACAGACUGCAGUUAGAAAAUGACUUACUGGUUCUUGAACAGACAUCAACCUAAAUACAGUGACUAUUUGACAGACUCAUUGUAUUUACAUUUCUUCCUCUUUCCUAUCUCUACUUUGCCUUUAUUUUUAAUAAAAUAUUUAAUAUUUGAA